GAAGAAGAACCGAAACGAAGCCGACGAAACGGUUUGAAAUUGAAAUUGCGACACACGAACGACGGUUCGGCUGAGACUGGGAUAGGUGUUUGUUGUGCCGGGAUCAAUCAGGACCAUCAGGAGGACCAUUUCCGUAGAAAAACGGCUGGUAGUCGGAAGUUACGCGAAUCAGCGGAACAUAGAAGUGACCGAUAGAUUACAGAAAGCGGAGAGAGCAGUCGUUUUGAUGAGCUUGUCCUAUAUUUUCAUGUUUUGUCUUGUAAACUGAAAAGUGCAUCCGUCGUCGAUUUUCGUUUGGAUUCCACGUAAGAAAUGGCACCCGCUAAGAAACCGGCCGGGGGCGGACGCAAGAAAGCCGCCAACGGUUACCAGAUGCCAGAGCCGGUUCCCCCGGGAACGGUCCUAACCGACAUGGCCAAACGUCAGUGGAAGGUUGGGCCCUCGAUCGGUAGCGGUGGAUUUGGUGAAAUUUAUAGCGCCUGCGAGGCUGGUUCCGGUGUUAAGAAGCCGGAAGAUUAUCCUUAUGUUGUAAAAAUUGAACCACACGGCAACGGACCCUUGUUCGUGGAGAUGCACUUCUACAUGCGGAAUGCCAAGCAAGAGGACAUCGAGAAGUUUAGAAAAGCUCACGGUCUGAAGCACUUGGGAAUGCCCCAUUUUGUCGGCAAUGGAUCGCACGAGUUGAAAGGCCUGAAGCAUCGUUUCCUGGUGAUGCCCCGAUACAGUGUCGAUCUGUGGGGUAUAUUUCUGAAGAACGAUAAGCGAUUCCCAUUGCACACCGUCUAUCGGGUAGCCCUUCAGAUGAUAGAUGUCCUGGAGUACAUUCACGAUUGUACUUAUGUCCAUGCGGAUUUGAAGGGGGCGAAUAUUUUGCUAGGCUUUGGAAAGACGGCAAGCAAGCAGCAGUUGUUCCUUGUAGAUUUCGGUCUGGCAAGUCACUAUACCACUAAGGACUUCAAACCGGACCCGAAAAAGAUGCACAACGGCACGAUUGAGUAUACCUCGAGGGAUGCUCAUCAAGGAGUUCCGACCAUGCGAGGAGAUAUGGAAAUCCUGGCGUACAAUGUUGUGCAAUGGGCAGGAACUUUGUUGCCCUGGGAAGCUGAGAAGCUUUUGGCCAGUCCUGUGAAGGUUCAGGAGUCGAAAGAAAAGCACAUGAAGGACGUUGGCGGUUUCAUGAAGUACUGCUUCAAGAAGGAUAUCCCCAAGCCCAUUCAGGAGUACGUGAAGUACGUUUCUACCCUAAAAUAUAACGAUAAGCCGGACUAUUCGAAAUGUCGGAAAUUCUUCGAAGCAGGACUUAAAGAACUCGGAAAACCGAACACAGGGGACUUGGAAUUCGAGGUAAAGCCCACGAAAGCUGUUACGCCUGCGAAGAAGCGAAUCGCUGAACCGGAUUCAACCGAAUCCUCCGGUCCAAUGGCUCGUCCUCGUGGUCGCCCUCCAAAGGUCAUCAGCACGAGUCCCGAUACGACAUCCAAAGACAAAUCGCCCGUCAAACGGAAGCAGGAAACACCCGCCAAACCCACUCAGAAGAAGAAAAAGCCCGCCACAAUCGUAGAAUCCCCAGAACCUAUUGUAAAUGGCCACACAUCCACACCAUCGUCUGAAGUGGUGUCCGCUAAGCUAUCCGCCCAGGAACCAACUGGAUCGAUCCGAUUGAACACUAAAGUCGGAGGUACCCCCAAAUCCGGCAGCAAGGUCAAGAAAACCUACGCGUUCAACUUCGAGCUAGACGUCAGCAUCGACGCCGAUGUGAUUGUCAAUGUCCGCCGGAAGAAAAAGGCACCAGAAUCAUCCGCACUGGCAUCCAUAGAACCAUCACCAGCGACCCGGAGAAAGUCCCCCUCCCAGUCGCCAUCGCCAACCGUACAGCCGAAGCGAUCGCGGCGGCAAAAUGCCUCCCACCAGGACGACCCCAGCAUAAUAUCGCUGAACACCACCGAGGGAGACCAGUCCUCGGUUCAACCGGACGACGACGAUACCAUUCCGAACAGUGACCCCAAUACGCCGGAACCGCGCUACCUGGCUUCCCGAUCGAUGGUGAACACCACGACCACACCUCAGCGCAAGGUGGCCGCGGCUGUGGGGCGGUCCAAUGCUCGCCUCGGUGCGGCACCUGCCCGCGCCGGAGAGUACAAAGGCAAGAAGGCCAAAUCGUAAGCAUAUUGGGCACAUGCUCGGGUAUUUUAGUGUAUCGUCCUUUAUAUUUCUUUGAAUCCACUAAUUUCAUUGCUUGUGCGUUUAGUGUUACGUUUAUGUUGAUAAUCAAUUCCGAUUAAUAAAUUUAGGUUCUGUGACUGCUCUCUCCGUCAGCGGGUGCCACAAUGUAGAAA